GAUGACGUCAGGACGCUGACGCCUGAGGAUGGCGGCGGCGGCGGUAACGGUGGCGGCGACCCUAUCCGAGGUCUGGAGAGGGUCAGCACAGCCGCCGAGACGCCGAAGACCCCGCCGUCCGCGCGAGGUGUAGACGGGGCACUGCCUGCAGAGCAGGUCCUGCCAACCUCACUGGAGAGGAUGCCCCCGUGUCCGUGAUGGGCUGUGGGACAAGCAAGGUCCUUCCUGAGCCACCAAAGGAUGUCCAGCUGGACCUCGUCAAGAAGGUGGAGCCCUUCAGUGGUACUAAGAAGGAUGUGCACAAGCAUUUCAUCACAGAGGUGGACAGCAUUGGUGCUCUCAAAGCUGGCUUCCCAGCAGCCAGUCAGUGUGCAAACCCCUGCCCUGGGGCCCCCAUUAGCAGCCACACAGAGCCUCCCUCAGAACCACCACGCAGGGCCAGGGUGGCUAAGUACAGGGCUAAGUUUGACCCACGUGUGACAGCCAAGUAUGACAUCAAAGCCCUCAUUGGCCGAGGCAGCUUCAGCCGAGUGGUCCGUGUGGAGCACCGGGCAACCCGGCAGCCCUACGCCAUCAAGAUGAUCGAGACCAAGUACCGGGAAGGGCGGGAGGUAUGUGAGUCAGAAUUGCGCGUGCUGCGCCGGGUGCGUCAUGCCAACAUCAUCCAGCUGGUGGAGGUGUUCGAGACACAGGAGCGUGUGUACAUGGUGAUGGAGCUGGCCACUGGCGGGGAGCUCUUCGACCGCAUCAUCGCCAAGGGCUCUUUCACUGAGCGCGAUGCCACGCGGGUGCUGCAGAUGGUGCUGGACGGUGUCCGGUACCUGCACGCACUGGGCAUCACACACCGAGACCUCAAGCCGGAGAAUCUGCUCUACUACCACCCAGGCACUGACUCCAAGAUCAUUAUCACUGACUUUGGCCUGGCCAGUGCCCGCAAGAAGGGCGACGACUGCCUGAUGAAGACCACGUGCGGCACACCCGAGUACAUUGCUCCUGAGGUCCUGGUCCGCAAGCCCUACACCAAUUCCGUGGACAUGUGGGCACUGGGGGUCAUUGCCUACAUCCUGCUCAGUGGCACCAUGCCCUUUGAGGAUGACAACCGCACCAGGCUGUACCGGCAGAUCCUCAGGGGCAAGUACAGCUACUCGGGGGAGCCCUGGCCCAGUGUGUCCAAUCUGGCCAAGGACUUCAUUGACCGCCUGCUGACAGUGGACCCCGGCGCCCGCAUGACCGCACUGCAGGCCCUGAGGCACCCGUGGGUGGUGAGCAUGGCAGCCUCUUCGUCCAUGAAGAAUCUGCACCGCUCCAUCUCCCAGAACCUCCUCAAACGUGCUUCCUCACGCUGCCAGAGCACCAAAUCGGCCCAGUCCACGCGUUCCAGCCGCUCUACACGUUCCAACAAGUCGCGCCGAGUGCGGGAGCGGGAACUGCGGGAGCUCAACCUGCGCUACCAGCAGCAGUACAACGGCUGAGCCACCCGGCUGCGGUGCAGGUGUGCCACGGCCCCAGCCCCUUCCGUGUCCCUUCAGCAGCCCCCAUCCUCAUCCUGGGCCUGAGCCUGGUGUGACAGUGGAGGGAGCCUAAGGGGCUGUGAGCCCUGCGGAUGAGGAGCCUGGCCUGGCACCAGUGCUCUUUUUGGUGGGCAACUGCUCUGCUGGAGGUUGGGGAGGUGGCUGGACCCGGCCUUCCCUUGGCCCUUCCCCAAGACCAAAACGUGUGAAGUGCCAGGCAGAGGGUAUCCUGAGGUCCCAGGACUCUUUGGGACAGUUACUUCUGAAAUCCUCUUCACUGAACCUUUUCUAGCCCCCCACGUUCCAUUGCAUCCUGAUCUGUGCACCAGUGAGGGGCCUAGGGAGGCACAAAGCUUGUGCCUUAGCUGGACUCUCAGCCCCUGAAGUCCAGACAGUCUCCCACCUCCCACCCAAGGUCUGCCUUCCUUCGUGGUGCCUCCAGGGACCCCUCCUGGCCCCAGGACUGGCUAGAAACUCUGGUGGUGGGGCCAUGGCAGGGUCCUUGGGUCUUCUGGACUAUGUGGCCAUGUUGGUAGCAGGCUUCUCCAGGCUCCAGCCUCUCUGCCAAUGAGAGACCUCCUGCCCACCAGCCCACUGCUCUCAGUGCCUUCUUUGCAGAGCCCACUCUACACUUCUCUCCCCCUUGGAUGCCCUUUCUAUUCCCUAGGUGCCUCCUUCCCAACUGUGGGGGAUUAAAGGGAGCCCCACUGCUGCUACCUGGGGAAUGGGGGCACCAGGGCCAAGGCAGAUACCAGGGGCUUCCCAGGGACGGCCCCAUUAAGAUUCUAGUGUCAGCCUGGUUCCACCCUUGGUACUGCCCAUUGCCCCCCUUCCCUUCAGGCUCUGCUGUUCCCGCCUCACAGCUGCGUGAAGGCGCCAUCUAGUGUCUGACAUGAGUAUGGGCAGCCUAGGACUGACCCUGUGCUUAGCCUUCCAUCCUUUAGAGAAAGUGGGAAGGAGCUGCUGUAUUGAGGAGAGGUCCCAGGCUGCUCAGCCCUCCCCUUCUGCUGAGCUGCUGCGCAGCUCCAGUUGGAACUUAGCCAAACUGUGUGACCUAUCUCUGAACCCUGAGUGUCUGGGGCCCUGGCCUUCUCACAGCUGGCCUUGGCUGGUCCAGCCUGUUCCUCCUUCCUUUCACAGCAUUACCCUUCCAGCUUGGGCCCUGCCGAAUCUCAGGCUGGAGGGAGCCCCUGCAGGAGGUGGGUGGAAUUGGGUGGCUGUUUUCCCAGAGGCGUGAGCCAGGCCAUCCCCAUGUCACUCAUGGUGCCUCUCAUAGUGCCUCCUCUGCACCACCCCACCCCAAACCAGUCUGGAACCCAAGGCCCCUUCCUCCACAGCUGUGUUCAGUGGGUAGGAAGGAGCUGGGGUCCAGCUUUAGCCUUAGCUAGACUGCAGGGCUUCUGCCAACAGGGAGGGAUUGGCCCUCACUGUUUCUCCCAGUGGGUAGCCUUGGGCCAGGCCCUCCUCUUUCUGCAUGUGCCACCUCCAGUCAGAAAGAAAACCAAAGAGACCAUUCUGGGCCAAGCAAAUUGUGCCUUAUACAUCUUCUCUUGUACCCAGUGCUCAUGGCACAAGGCAGCAGAGAGCCAAGGUUCUGUGGCCUCAGAAUUUCCCCCAUUUUCCCAAGUGUCUCGGGGGCCUGAAGCCCUAGGGAUUUAUUUCCUCUCUUGUCCAAGGUAGGCCUGGUCCUAAGGGUAAGAUAGAGGGCAUUGGGAGACUUGGGCCUUUGAUAGGCCCACCUGGGCCUUUAUGCCAUGGACCGUGGCUGGAGAAUGUGCCGUUAUUUAUUUUGUGUACUCCGGUUGUAAAUGUAUCCUCUGUACUCAAUAAACAGGCUGCCCUCCCCCGGGAAGGCUGCCCAUCCAUUCUGACA